ACUGCGAAGCGAGAUAUUAAUAGACAAAGUUGAGGGCGUGUUAGGUUAGAAAAUCUGUCAUACCAUCUAUCUCUAGCUAUGUAACUGGGGGACUUCGCCCCCCAGACCCCCCUAUCACGGAGGUGAGGGCUGUAGUCUUUUGUAAGAAAUUCACUCUUUAGCUUAAGCACAAGAGACUAUAGCCCCCACCCCCAUGAUAGGGGGGUCUGGGGGGCAAAGCCCUCCAGUUACAUAGCUAGAGAUAGAUGCUUCGAAUUAACAUGGGUCGAGUAAUUCGUGCUCAGCGUAAAGGUGCGGGAUCUGUCUUUCGAUCCCAUACAAAAAAGAGGAAGGGAGCACCGAAGCUCCGUUCCUUGGAUUUUUCUGAAAGGCAUGGGUACAUCAAAGGUGUCAUUAAGGACAUCAUUCAUGAUCUUGGCCGUGGUGCACCACUAGCAGUGGUACAUUUCCAUGAUCCUUAUAAGUUCAAAACACGCAAAGAAUUAUUUAUUGCACCUGAAGGCAUAUACACAGGCCAAUUCUUAUACUGUGGAAAAAAAGCAAAUCUCCAGAUUGGGAAUGUAAUGCCAGUUGGUACAAUGCCAGAAGGUACAAUUGUCUGUAAUUUAGAAGAGAAAACUGGGGACAGGGGUCGUUUAGCUAGAGCUUCUGGCAAUUAUGCUACUGUAAUAGCACAUAACCCGGAGUUUUACGUUGGCAACAGUUGUACUUAGUCGCAUUUGUGUAGCCCUCUUAAAA